AUGCAACUGGCCACACUGUGUGCUGUGUGUCUGCUGCCCAGCACCCUGGCGCUGCCACUGCCCCAAAGGGCAGGAGGCUGGAGUGAGCUGCAGUGGGAACAGGCUCAGAAUUACCUCAAGAGAUUUUACCCAUCUGGUUCAAAAAUAAAAGAUGCCAACAAUUUAGAAGCACAACUCAAGAAAAUGCAAAAAUUCUUCCACCUGCCUGUAACUGGAACCUUAAACUCCUAUAUCCUAGAAAUCAUGAAAAAGCCCAGAUGUGGAAUGCCAGAUGUUGCAGAAUACAAACUAUCCCCAGGCAGACCAAAGUGGAAUUCCAAAGUAAUCACCUACAGGCUUGCAUCAUAUACUGAAGAUUUACCACGUGAUACAGUGAAUCAGUUAAUAGAAAAGGCCUUCAGGAUGUGGAGCAAAGAGGUCCCACUGAGCUUCAGGAGAGUGAAAUGGGGAAUUGCUGACAUCAUGAUUAGUUUUGUAAGAACAGAACACGGAGACCUGUAUCCUUUUGAUGGACCAGGAAACACGCUGGCCCAUGCCUAUUACCCAGGGCCAGGCUUGGGAGGAGAUGUGCACUUUGACAAGGAUGAGCACUGGACCAGUGGCAGAACCUCAGGAAUUAACUUACUCUAUGUUGCAACUCAUGAACUCGGCCAUUCUUUGGGUCUGAGUCAUUCUUCUGAUCCAAAUGCUGUGAUGUACCCAGCUUACGAAUAUGGAAAAUCGGAGGAUUUCAAGCUUUCCCGGGAUGAUGUCAAAAACAUUCAGGAAUUAUAUGGUAAUAUUGAUUAUCUCAAAUUUGGGGGAUUUCACAUUGUCUCCAUCGGGUCAGAUUAG